AUGUACUGUGACUUGUGCCAAACCAGAAAGCUUCGCAGAGAGUUCCCUGCCAAUACCAUCACGGAUAAAUGUCAACAUGCGCCUCUGCAUUGCUUCAGGGUGAGUACGUACAUGCUGCAAUUCCAGUUACUAUUAAUACAUCACAGACGUUUGUCACCGUUUAGUGAUUUCAGUCUACACCACUGAUUCGUUGUGUCAGUUGCGUCUUGGCCUUGUCGCCUUGUUAAUCAAUCAAGCACGCAAGCAAGCACAAGCAACUCAAACGAUCAAAAAAGACGGUUUUAUGAAGAACUAUAUGAAUUUUAUCCGAAAUUUCAUUAUGUAAGAAAUCAUGGAUUGAAAUGAAGAAAACAUCUGAGAAACCUGUACGAUAACACGAUAACACGAUAAUGGCCAUGCUGUGGAUUAUUUUUAUCUUUGGUUUAAAUUUUGUUUUCCUUUGUUUUAAACUCAUAAUCGUACAUUACUACUACCAUACUCGAAAUCAAAAGCCUGAGAGCAAUGAAAUUUAAACUAAAUCAAUUGCUGUUUCCUUUUGUUUUUUUUUUGUUGUUGUUGUGAAGUGAUUUGAUAGUAAGAACAUCAAAGAACAGCUUAUUCUUAUAUUUUCGUUUCAGUGUUUAACAAGGCACGUCCAGGAGUUUCGUAAGUGUUCUCAGUGUCCUCAAGCCGUAAAAGUCGACAACUCACGUUAUCUUGAAUGCUUGGCCACGCUCGAGAAUCUGUUUCCAAGACUCGAAGUGUCUUCUGCUCCUGGAGAUGCCGACUGGUCAUCCGCGGAGGGCAACAAGACGAUAUCUGUUGUAAUGUUGGGUGGGGACAGUACUGUGGUAGAGUACCAGCCAAAUAUGUCCAUUCUAGCGCUGAAAGCCUUCAUAAAAAGCAGGCUUGGUCCAGAACCUGACAAACAACGACUGCUGUAUGAGGAAGAAGAGCUCAAGGUAGAACCAAUUCGAGAAGUAUAUAACCUGCAGCUCUAAUGAAACGUUAAAAUUUCGCUCUUCUUUUUUGCUCUUAGAUAUGGUUAUUUAACGAUAAAUAUUUUGAACAUUCAUAAGUAUAGAAAAAAAAUGCGACUAAAUAGCAUUUGUGACUAUCGAUAGUAAUAAUAUUAUAAAUAAGCUCUACUACACAACGUAAAUUCUUUCGUAAACUUUGAACGCAACUUUGGUUCGCGACUUGUGAUCCUUUACGGAUUACAACAUGUUUCACAUCUUGUUAUCAUGUAAAAUUAUUAAUGUGAGUUAUAGGAGACGUUCAAAACCUUUUGACAAAGUUACGUGAUCAGUUGCGCCAAGAAACGCCAAGAAAGCAAUCUGUGAGUUCUUUGACUCUGAAACCGCACAGGUUGUCGAAACGUCAGUCACUGUCAACAACAACAGUCCUAUUCAGGGCUACGUUCACCCGGACGAUCAAACUCAACCUACUUUUGAAAUGACUCCUGGGUUCAAACCUUUCACACUCUUUACAAACCAAUCUGUAUAGUACUGUUAAGCUGUACUCUCUGGAGUAUUCAAUGCGCCUUCUCAUGAAAUGAAAAUUAAGUACUAAAACCGCCAAAAUAACCUUCUGAAACUUAUCAACAUCUCGGUAAAACUGCUAGUUCGUCUUACGAUUUUAGUUUUUCGAAGUUGAAUCGUGAAUUCGUGUUGUUUAGUGUUCCCUGGGCAGUGUACGUCUUAUCACCUCGUUCUCAACUACUUUGCAAUUGAUUCAGUUGUUUCUUUUUUGUAAUGGUUGUUCUUUUUCUUUGUCCUUUAGACUCAUUCAAGCUCCGGUACAUUAGCUACUUUACAAGAUUACGGUGUCCAGCCAUUUAGUACAUUGUAUCUAAUCGUGGUGUUGUAUGAGAUUUCCGAGGCUCUUGAUCACGUGAUUUUCGACUUGUUUUGGGGUUAUCCUGCCAGCGGGUGUGACUUCUUGGACGCGUCUGUACUUAUUUACAGUGGCAGCUCGUUUCAAACGCUAGUCGAUUUUAGUCAUCGUGGUUUUAGCGGUGUUACUCACUCCGGUGAUGUAAUGGACGACACCAAGCGUCUUGGUCAUCAUACCAUAAAUGUGAAGCUGAAAAGCUUGCCUUCUUCUGUUGACAAGCUGUUCUUCACGCUGAGUGCAUAUGGCUCACCAAACAUCUCCAAAUUUAAAAAUCCCAGCUUGCGCUUCUUUGACGCCAAGGAACCCGACAAGCAGCUCUGCAGCGAUCGGAUGGACCACGCAGCUUAUUCCCAGGCCAUUAUCAUGUGCAGUCUGUGUAAGAUCAACCACAGAUGGAAAGUGUUUAGUUUACGCACACGGUCCGCAGGAAAUGCAAAGAAUUAUUCCCCAUUGCAACAAACAAUUGGUGGGAUCAUUGCCCAAGGAUUGUGUUAG